AUGCCAAAGACCGAACCACAGAGAGGAGGUUUAUAUUCGGCAGAGGAAGAUCAUCAACUUAUAGAAUUAUAUCAAGAGUUCGCAGAUAAAACAAAUAGAUGGAAAAUAAUUGGAGGGAUAUUAAAACGUAAUCAUAAAAGUGUUCGCGAGCGAUAUGUUAAUCAUUUGGACCCAACCAUCAAUAAAAGUAAAGAGUUAACCGAUGAAGAAAAAGCAAAAAUUGAAUCUCUCCUCAGCAAUGAUCAGUCUUAUUAUAAAAAAUGGUCAAAAAUAGCUGAAGAAAUAUCAAUAGACAAGACAUCUCGAAGAACAGAAUUGCAAGUUAAAAACUAUUGGAAUAGCAAACUUCGAAGUCAAGAACGAAGUCUAGAACGCAUUCGAGUUAAGAUGUCAUUGGAGGCCAUCAACAAUAAAGAACCAUUUACAGUUUCAAAAGCAGAAACGCCUCCUGUUCAAACAUGGUUAAAAACUUCUUGGGACGCUCCUCAUUUAUUACUUGAAAUUAUGUAUGAAUUUAAAUCCCAGUCAGUUUCGGCAGAGAACUCUACGGCGUAUUAUCCGCUUAUAAAUGAUUUUAUUAGUCAAGGAUUAUUUUCUCCCAAAUUGACUUAUCAAGAAGUAUACAAAACAGCAUUCGGCGUUAUCGAAUCAAAAAAAUAUUUAUCAGCGUCAACGUCCAUAUCACUUCUUGAAUUCGCUCUUUCACUUCACACAACAGCUCCUGCCAUUCAAGCGUAUUACCAUUAUUACGACGCAAAUGUAUUGCCAAGCAGGCAGGAAUUCAAUAAUAAUUUUGAUCCCGAAUGUGACGUUUGGGUUGAUUGGUAUGGUCAUCAAGCUUGUAACAUUGAAGAUUUCAAGAAGUUGAAGUCCGGAAAAUACGAUAUACCUCAAAAUAUUAGCUCCGAUCAGCAUCCAAAACUUUUGCCGUUUGAUCAUGUUUUACUCUCUAAUGAAGAAACCAUAUCACCAUCAAUCAUCUUAUACGCUGAUGUGUUUUCGCCUAAUUUUGCAUCUUUUCAUCAAUUUGUAUCCGAGUUGGUCAGUAAUGAUGAAGCAAAAUAUAUUUUACGAUAUAAACCUCCCAAAGGAAAGCGAGAUAAUUUAUAUCUUACUGGAUACGGUGUGGAGUUGGCAUUAAAAAAUACCGAUUACAUUUCAAUUGAUGACCGUAAAGUUGGAACUGAUGAUCAUGACGAAGGAGAAAGUGAAACCGAAUCAAACCCCGAAUCUAAUAAUGAUUCACGCCUUGAAAUGUUGAGUGAACAUUUGUUUAAUGAGGAUAUAUCCGAAAUUAAGCCACUUAUAACUAACGAAAUCAGGGAACUUGGUUUGAAGGCUGCUCAAUUCAUUAUUUCUUCAUCAGACCCAUUGUCAGCUCUUGCGCAUUUAUCACAAGAUUUACCAAAGUAUUCUUAUCAUAUCGCUCAACUUAGUCUUAAUUUAUCACUUAAAGAUGAGAUCACAAUAAAUAAAAAUUCUCUGAGUUUAAAUACCAAUACUUUUUGGCUCAACGGAUUGAAACUUGUUCCCGAUUCAGUUGAUCCAUUCGGUCUAUUAAAAUUGCUUCGACGCGAGAGACAAAAUAUUUUAUCGCUAAUAAGUCUUGGCAUGAACUCACAACAAGCUGUUGAAUUGCUUGCAUCACCUGUAAUCUCGGAAUCAAGAUCUUCUCAAGAGCUAACUCAAGGAAUUUUUGAUGUUCGGGAUAAAUCGGAAAAGAAAAAUAUUAUAGUUUGGUUAAACGAUUUAGAAAAAGAUAAAAGAUAUUCUCAUUGGCCAUCUAGGAUUUAUGAUAUAUUUCGACCGGUCUAUCCCGGACAGAUGAGAUAUAUACGUAAAAACUUAUUCAAUGUAUUAUUUGUUAUUGAUCUAUCGUCCAUAAAGAAUCUCAAGGUCUUCACUGAACAAAUAAAAUCGUUCGUUGAAAGGGAUAUUCCAAUACGGUUUGGUAUCAUUCCACUUGUGAAUAAAGAAAACAAUGAAUCCGUAACGAUGGCAAAGAUUUUUUAUUAUCUUAUUGGUCAGUAUACAAAGUCUUUGACCAUGAAAUUUUUCUCUGAGGUUUCUGAAGAAUCGACGAGUUCACCUUCUAUAUUUGAAAGUGCAAAAAAACAAUUUAACAUUGUUAUAGGUGGUGAAAAGCCAAAAGAUAAAACUUCUAUUAAAUCCUUCGAUGACAUCAUUAAACCUGAUGCUGAAUCCUCACUUGAAGAGCAAAUUCUUGGUGCGACCGAAUUUAUUAGUAGAUUCAGAAUAGACACUAAUGGAAGAGGUGUUAUGUUUAUUAAUGGAAAAUAUUUUGAUAUGGAUGAUAAUUAUCAGAGGAAUAUGGUUCAAACUAUUAAUGAACACACCUCAUUCCUUCAGCAAAAACUGUAUGGUGGCGAAAUUGCGGAUCACACAAAUAUAUUCGAGUAUUUUAUGACUUUACCGAAUGUUCCAUCCAGAAGAAAUCCUUAUGUGUUCGUAACAGAUUUACAGCCCCUGAAGGUUAUUAAUUUAGCAAAUGAAAAAAAUGGAAACAGUGAAAAGUUAAAUAGUUUAGUUUAUGUUCAUCCUGAGGAACGAGGUGAUAAUGAAGUACCUAUUUCAUUAAUACUUAUAACUGACCUUGAUAGUGAAUAUGGAGCUAAGCAAGGAUUGGAAGCUUUGAAAUUUUUGAAUGAAUCACCAAAUGUCCGCAUAGCAUUCAUUCAUAAUCCUUCAACUCAAACUAGUGCGCGUGAAGAUUUAAGUUUAUCAUCUCUUUUUUAUCAUAUAUUGCAUGACUCCAAAGUAAAUGCCGAAGAUACACCAUCAGACUUAUCAAAAUUCUUAAAAGAGGCUAUAGAAGAAUAUCUUAGCAUAGAAGAUAAAGUCAAAUUGCCAUUUAAUGAACAACUAGAAGAGUCAAAACAAAUACCAAUUUCAGAUUCUGAAAAGAUCAAUUCCGCUAGAUCCUUUGGAUGGCAAUUAGUUGAUAAAGUACGAGCACAAACUUAUUGGAGAGGAUGGAACUCGUUUACACGAAAAACGUUGAAAUUGGGUGAAACUGAUACCGCUAUUAUAGUUAAUGGCCGUUUUGUGGGUCCUUUUACUAAAGAAAAUUUGUUCAUCUCGGAUGAUUUAAAAUUAUUGCUUGAUGUGGAAAACGCAGAACGUAUCGAUCCUGUAGUGGAUGCCGUAAAAGCGUCCAAUUUAACAGCGCAUUUGAAUGGUUCAAAUUAUUCGGAUUUUAUAGCGAAAGUGUCUUCUAUCAUGUCUGAAGCUACGACAUCGGAUGUUCCCGUUGGACUUUUCGAGGAACAAGAAUUAAAACGAGACCUUUCUUUUAAGGAAUUAAAGUCUGAACACAGUGUUUUAAUUGAUCCAAUAAGUGAAACAGCGCAAAAGUGGUCCACAAUCUUAAAGUUGAACCUAAAUGAAAUUCCGAUAAAGAGAUUUUACCGUUAUGUAUUAGAACCGAGAUUGAAAUUUAAUUCUACGACUGGUAAUCUGAUUCCUCCGUCCGCAUAUUUUUCAAAUUUACCCGAGGAUCCUUUGUUAACGCUCGGAAUCGAUGUAAUUCAAGCAUGGCUAGUAACACCCAAAGUUUCUAUUUAUGAUUUGGAUAAUAUCCGUUUGGCGAAUCUAGAUUCUCGUUCAAGGAUUAAAGGAGUCGAAUCGGUAUUUGAAUUGAAGAAUAUUCUUAUUGAAGGUCACGCUCGCGAUAUUACAUUAAAUGCACCACCAAGUGGGUUACAAAUAGUACUUGGUACCAAGAAUUCUCCUGCAAUGGUAGAUACUAUUGUAAUGGCAAAUUAUGGAUAUCUACAGUUAAAAGCAAAUCCUGGUGUAUGGAUAUUUGGCUUGAGAGAAGGGAAAUCUACAGAAAUAUUUGAUAUACAAAGUAGUGGAAGUGAAGGAUGGUAUAGUCGUAGUGUUGAAGAAAUCGGAAAUGAGAUUGUGUUAAAUAAUUUUGAAGGGUUAGUUAUUUAUCCAAGAUUUACUAGAAAGCCCGGUAAAGAGAAUGAAGAUGUAUUAAAAGUUGAAGAAAAAGAUGGAAUUUGGAAUUAUAUUAAAAACAAGUUUUCAAUUAAUAAAGGUGAUUCUAGGCAGAACAAAGCAGAAAUUAAUAUAUUUUCCGUAGCAUCUGGGCAUCUUUAUGAGAGAUUCUUGUCUAUUAUGAUCCUAAGCGUUUUGGGACAUACAAAAAGUCGCGUUAAAUUUUGGUUUAUCGAAAACUUUUUAUCACCGUCCUUCAAGAAUUUUAUUCCACAUAUGGCCAAAGAAUAUGAUUUUGAAUAUGAACUAGUUACAUACAAGUGGCCGCAUUGGUUAAGAGCUCAAAAGGAAAAACAGAGGACUAUUUGGGGGUACAAGAUUUUAUUCCUAGAUGUACUCUUCCCUCUUGAUUUGGAUAAAGUUAUUUUUGUUGACGCAGAUCAAAUUGUACGAGCGGAUUUAAAAGAAUUAGUUGACAUGGAUCUUGAAGGAGCACCGUACGGGUAUACACCAUUCUGUGAUAAUAGGCCAGAAAUGGAUGGAUUUCGAUUUUGGAAACAAGGAUAUUGGAAGGAUCAUUUAAGAGGAAAACCAUAUCAUAUCAGUGCACUUUAUGUUAUAGAUUUACAACGAUUCCGUCGCAUGGCAGCAGGAGAUCAAUUACGUGGACAAUAUCAAUCACUAAGUUUAGACCCAAAUUCGUUAGCUAAUUUAGAUCAAGAUUUACCUAAUAAUAUGCAACAUAAUGUGCCAAUAUUUUCAUUACCGCUUGAAUGGCUUUGGUGUGAGACAUGGUGUAGCGAUGAGUCAUUAGUAAAUGCAAGAACCAUAGACUUGUGUAAUAAUCCAUUGACAAAAGAACCAAAACUUGAUCGUGCAAGACGUCAAGUUCCAGAAUGGGAAACUUAUGAUAACGAAGUUACUUCUUUUGCUUCAAGAAUUUCACAAUUACAAAAGAAUUUCGUAACAGAAUCCAUUAGCAUAACCGAAAAGAGCAGCGAAAGUCAAAUUCCUACCGAAAAAACUUCUCAGGUUACAAACUCUGAUGGAUUUUCUUCAUCAACACCAAGUUCUCAUUUAAAAGAUGAAUUAUAA